UUUCCGUCGUCAUCCAGAGAACGAUAAAUGCGGAGGUGGAUAGAACCAUCCCCCCCCCCCGCGCCCAAGAUAGAGAAGCAAGGCGGAGCACCGGAACACCUCCGUAUCCUCCGAUAGAGGAGGGGGUAAAGAACUUAAGAUAGAGGAGGGCAGAGAGGGAGAGAUCGCUCCCCUCCCCUCAGAGGAUCUCUGAUACUUUGGAUCGCCGGUCCGCCUGUCCAUUUGUCCGCCGGCGCUUUCUGCUUCGAAAUCGGCGCGAGAAUCGAUCGCGGCGGUUUCAGGAGAAUUAAGUUCAGAUGCAGUCAAAUCCAGAAGAUGCUCUCCAUAAGCCUAAGAAAGAAUAUUCGCCAUUGCCUUCAAAUCAGAUAGUGCUUUACAACCCUGAUGCAGGUGAUUCAGGUCAGGAUGCUCUUGAGGUUACUGAUUACAUAGAGAAUCAUACUUCAUCAGUCCAAAAUUUUAUAGCACCAAAUUCUUCUAGCCGGGUUCUGCCGACUGUUGGGGCAUUCACUGUCCAAUGUGCUUCAUGUUUUAAAUGGAGGCUUAUUCCAACAAAAGCGAAGUAUGAAGAAAUUCGUGAAACUAUCUUGCAAGAACCUUUUGUAUGUGAACGAGCUCGUGAGUGGCGGCCUGAUAUAUCAUGUAAAGAUCCAACAGAUAUAUCUCAGGAUGGUAGUAGACUCUGGGCAAUUGAUAAACCUAACAUUGCUCAACCACCUCGUGGCUGGGAAAGGUUGCUUAGAAUCAGAGGUGAAGGAAGCACUAAAUUUGCAGAUGUGUAUUAUAUUUCUCCAACUGGGAAGAAACUUCGGUCGAUGGUCGAGGUUGAAAAGUAUUUGAACGAACACCCAGAGGAUGGUGUCAAUAAAUCUCAGUUUUCGUUUCAGAUCCCUAAACCUCUGCAAGAUAAUUAUGUGAGAAAACGUUCUUCACGCGUAACAAGUCCUUGUGAUGGUGCUGGCCUGGGAUCGACAAGGCCUCUUGGACCAGAAGAAGUGAAUCCCCUUUCCUGGGCAGCUCCCCCUAUUAAGAGGGAGCUUGAGAGUGGUGGACUGGGUUCACCGAUUCCUUAUCAUGGGGCGCCUGGUUUCCCUCCUAUUGAACCUGCACCAUCACCGCCAGCAAAGAAGAAAGCAACCGAGAGUUCAUCCAGACAUAGUUACAAUAGUUCUGCAUAUAUUCAGCCAAAGAUCAAGUUAGAAGAUGCUUAACAAUCCAGAAAUGCUUCUUCCUAUGAGCUAUAGUGUGCUGUCUACUCUGCCUUGGUGCUGUGGUUGUGAUGCUAUUUGUUUUCUUUUUCCUCUAGUGUAGCAAAGGGAAUGAUAGGUACAAACAUACAGGGCAAGAAGGGCAUACCUUUUUGUUAGCUUGGUUGUGGAAUGCUCAAAGUUUUGGUACAGAGGGAUACCAACAUUCAUGAUACUCUGAAUAUGAAUGACUUUACAGCAGUCUAAUUUAAUUAACUUUUCGCAGUUUCUAA